AUGGCUGGAAUCGUCAACGGACCUCUUUCUCUCUUUCGCAAGCAGGAGUCUGCAAAACCUCUCCAUGCUCGAUGGGGGGAUGUGUCCAUCUCUGUACCCACAGAUGGGUCAUGGAAUCAAUACAACAACCCCCAUCGACCUGUCAAAGAGAGAUCAUCGUACGGGCCAGGCUACGUGCCAGACUGCUCUCCUCAAGACCGGGAUCCUCCCCAACUGAACGAGGACGACCAAGACGAUGACACCAGAAGCGUCUGCAGCGAAGCUUCAACCAGCUCGCGGCGCAGCUCACUAUCUUUCGCAGGCCUGCGACCGGGUCGGCUCUCUGUGCGUCUCGCCUCGCGUCCCAAACAUCUGCGAGGCGAAUCACAGAUGGAAAGAGACGCCCAUCGCUCCGAGCAGAAGCGAAAUGAGUUUGCAUAUCGGCCAAUUCACCAAGACUACACCUCGGAAGUCGAAAAUACCAGUCAAUCUAGCAAUCGUUUCAAGUACAUUCCGACCAACGGACGGUACCUUGAAAGCUCAGGUGCUGAGACUCCACGCAGCCAAUCUGUCAGCUCGCCCCGCAUCCCCCACUCACGCCGCGGCUCGGUGCCCGAGCCCAGUGAUCGGCGAUACAGCGGUCGCGAUCGCGAUUACUCCCCCUCCGUCCGAGGGAGCACCUACCACGAAGAUAGCCGUCGCAGUAGUCUGUAUUCUACUAGCGUUGGUGAUACCUCGGACAGCUUUAGCUCGCGACGAAAUUAUGGACUGCCGCCUAGACGAAGGACAUCACCUUUUGUUGCUGCCGAUCGCAGGGGUUCUGCAAUCUCCAAGCCUAUGACAUUGGCGAUGGUUCCUGACCCUGAUGAUCUCUAUGAGUAG